UUCAGCCGCGCACAAGGAAUUUCUGUGCAUAAGUUUGUCUCCCUCUUUCGUGUGAGAGAGAUCCCUUCGUAACCCAACCAAAACUAUUUACCCUUAUCUUAUAUUUGACAUUGAUUCCUGACAUCAUGCACGUCAUGCGAUUAGCCUUGGUGCUGGUGCUCGUGGCCACGGCAGCCCAGGCACAAGGAAACCGAAGACGACAGGCACCAACUCGUAUGCGCCCCCAAGCUCGACCCGCGACCCGCGCUGAUAAGGCCUGCUCCGGAGACGUCAGCUUUGAGCUCAUUACUGGCUUCGUUUACUCUUCCGCCGACGACAUUAUCGACUCAAAGAUCGGCACUCUACUUCUGAGCGAGUGCAUGGAACACUGCCGUGCCAACGAACAGUGUCAAGCACUUAACUUCGAGACCGGACUCUGCGUUCUCUUUAAAACGGCUGCCGGCGAAAACUCAGCUGGACUGGCGGUUUCGCAGUUCCCCGUGUUUACUCUCUACGCCCAGAAGUUGUGUCUGCCCAAGGAGCGACCGCUGUGCAAAUCUCCGUGGGUUUAUGAAACUGUGCCCGGCCUAGCCGUCGCCCAGACUUUCACAGCUGACUCUCGCUCCGCCACAUCACGAGCCGAGUGCGCGCUCAUGUGCAUACUCGAAGACAAGUUCCAAUGCAGAGCCGGGUCCUACAACGCCGCCUCCGGCACCUGCACUCUGGCCCAAGUCGACCGCAACAUGGCCGGCCGCAGUCGCCUUUUAGACGUCGACGAGAAAUCCGACUACCUGGAAGUGUCCUGCGUCCCCAAGCCGCAGAAGAUGUGCGACUUCCAAAGCGUCAAAGGCCGCAUCCUCAAGACAGUGGAUGCCGUAUUCCAAGACGUAGAAUCAACUGAGGAAUGUCAAGCGAGAUGCAAAGAGGCGGACUUCACUUGCUACUCGUACGACUUCAUGUCUGCCAGCGAGAAGAUCUGCCGUCUCUCUCAUCAUUCCGGUGCCACGCUGGCGCACAUUCAGGAGCCUUACCUUGAGAUCGGCAACGCAACCACGUACGAGAUGCAGUCCUGCUAUCAGGUCACGGUGGAGUGCCGUGGCGCCGAGAUGUUGGCCAGGAUCUCCACUUCGACCUUGUUCCACGGAAAGGUAUACGCGAAGGAUCGACCCAACAGCUGCGUUAUGGAUAUCAAGAAUUCUACCGAAUUUGAGAUUGUUCUUCCUUAUAACGACGUCAACUGUGAUGUAGUACAAGAGGGACCCGGUGCCUUCUCUACUAAUAUUGUUAUUCAGCAUCACGACAUGAUCGUCACUUCCGCAGACGUCGGCCUCGCACUUCACUGUAAGUAUGACCUCAAGAACCAAACUGUGACGAACUCGCUCAUCUCCGGCUUAGAAGUCAAGGGAGGUCUUGACACGGCCGAGUACUUCGAGGAGACGAUCGUUGAGUCCCCCAAUGUUGUUAUGAGAGUCACCACGCCGAGAGGAGACGACAUUUUCUCAGCUCAAGUUGGAGACAGCAUGGCUCUUCGAUUCGAGAUCACCGACGAGCAGAGUCCGUACGAGAUUUUCGUUAGGGAUUUGAUUGCCAUGGACGGCCAGGACAGCUCGGAAAUCCUUCUUAUCGAUGAAAGAGGCUGCCCCACCGACCCAACAAUCAUGUCCUCAGUCGUGCAGAUGGGUAGCGGUUCUGUCCUCCACGCACCCUUCCAAGCCUUCAAAUUUCCCGCAUCAGACAUCGUCCAGUUUCGGGCUUUGGUGACUCCGUGCCUUCCUCGUUGCGAACCUGUGCAGUGCAGUGUGCAAGGUUUCGACGGAGUGUCCCGCAAGGAGCUGUCGCAUGGAAGGAAGAAGAGAGAGGUUCAUGAAACUGACAUUAUGGUAGUCCAAUCCGUCCGUAUCAAAGACAAGUUCCAAUUCUCGGGGAUACGCCGGGAAGAAGUUGAGGUAGACCUUGCCCAAGAAACGUGCUCCUCCUUCACCGGUGUGAUAGUCGCCUGUGCUCUCUUCCUCGCGGCCCAAGUGGUGCUCCUAAUGGCGUGGAGCUACUUGUGGCACAAGAAAAGAGCCACCAAACAAAUCGACCCAAACCCACCGCCUUCGUUGUACUUCGGCACGACUUCCUCUCGCACCUCCUCUACUUCGUAUCUCACUGAUUAAGCAUCGAAGUGACACCAGUCUUCAGUUAACACUUUUCUCUAGUACACACACACACACACACACACACACACACACACACACACACACACACACACACACACACACACACACACACACACAAGGGAGCAUUUGAAACGAAACCUCCUAAGGCCGUAGCCUUUUGGAAAAUGUUGUAAUUUUGUUGUUUUUACGGCCUUUUGGAAAAUGUAUUUUUUUUUUUUUUUUUUUCCAUGUGGACAAAAAAUAACAUACAAUGACAAUCAAUCACAGUGUGUGUACCAGUUUCUUUUUAGCUUUACGAAGGGCAUGUUUUAAUUAAAACAAAAUUUCAGCCUAUUCUAAAUAGGCAGUUUAAGAUAGGUGUUAAACUUCUAAGUUCAUUUAAUAUAUUUCUGAUCUAUGGUCGAGAUAUUACAUAAUCUGUAUGAGAUGUAUUCUGAAAUUGCUACAGUAUGAAAUUAUAAACUCUAAUAUGUUUAAGUCAAUGACUUAAAGCAUUUGCCAUCUGUGUAACCGUCCGUAUUCUGUGAGUGAUUUCUUGAUUCUGUAUUCAAAUGAUUUGCUUACGUGUUUUUGCUCUUGAAACAGUGGUACGCUAUACUAUUAACAUAUAUUGGCGUAUAGACCACAUGUAUGUAUAAAUGUUUUCAAAAUAUGUUCUAGAGCGGUUUUGACUAAUGACCGUUUUCAUGGACGAUGUGAAAGGAGAUUGCGACAAGUUUCUACGAAUACCAUCCGAACUCGGUUAUGCGAUUUCCAAAAAAUUCUAAACUGGACAGUGUUUGAAACGCCUUCCAAGCGUAGAUUUGUUAAUUGUUGGUUUUAUAUUAUUAUACAUUAAUCUAAGAGAGCUGCACUCCCAAACGGUGAAGCCAAACCUAUUCUGCUAAAUAAUUGUACGAAUUAAUCCCGUAGAAAUGUUUGGCCGAAGACUUUUUUUUUUUUUUUCCUAUGUGCUAGGUCGGUUUUCCCAAAUAUAUCUAUCCAGUGACGUUUGGCAUCUAAAGAGAGAUCGAGAUGCCAAAUCUCACUCUUAAUUCAGCAGAUUCUCUUGUACACUUUAUAUCUCCAAGGAUAAAUAGAUUUAUCAUAACGUACGUAAGCAAUAAAUAUUUGAAUUACCUACACUUAAUUAGUAACCGGUUCAUUUGGACCUUCCAAAGCUAAGGAACUCCACCAAAAUAGGAACCCUCAGCAAAUCGACAAUAUUAUCGCAAAACAACGUCGUUUAUGACUACACUCAUAAAUACCUUCGUAAUCUGCGGACCAAUAAUAUAAACUUAAAAAUAUCGCUGACGAAAAAUAAUAUCUAUUAGCUUACUGACCUCCACUUUGUUAAACAAACCUCUCCUUUUGUAAUUUUGAUAAAAAGAAAGUGCCAAUAGUUUUUAAACACACAUAUGCGUUUAUGUGUACGUGCGUGUGUGUGUGUGUGUGUGUGUGUGUGUGUGUGUGUGUGUGUGUGUGUGCGU